GACCGAUUGGCGGUAAAGCCAAAGGCAAGCACAUGUAAAAGGUUUGAUUUCUCGCGAUUGCAGAAUGUAAUAUUCAGAAUAAAAAAGAGUGUUUGCAUGGCAGAAUAGAAUUCCAACAUCAAAUGGUCCAUCAUGUUUGUUCUAAGUGAAAUGAAGGAUACUGUAAGAAUUCCACCAUGGGAAUUUAAGGAAGAGACUACUGAUGCCAUUAUUGAGAUACUCAACAAAAAACUUGCUAAUAAGGUUGUGUAUAAUGUAGGACUGUGUAUAGCUUUAUGGGAUUUAGUGAAACUUGAAGAUAGUUUUAUUUUUCCAGGUGAUGGAGCAUCUCAUACUAAUGUUCAUUUCCGAUAUGUAGUAUUCCGGCCGUUCGUGGAUGAAAUAUUGGUAGGUAAGAUUAAAGGUUGCAGUAAAGAAGGUGUUCAUGUGUCAAUGGGUUUCUUUGAUGACAUCUUAAUUCCUGCAGAUGCCUUACAACAUCCAGCACGAUUCGAUGAAGAAGAACAGUUAUGGGCGUGGGAAUAUGAAGUAGAUGAAGAUACAAAACAUCAGUUAUUCAUGGAUAUUGGAGAGGAAAUAAGAUUUCGAGUGGUAGAUGAAGGUUUUGUGGAUACAACACCAUCAGGACCAGAUACAACAAAUACAGAUAGUGUUGAUAGUAUUUUAACAGAUCCUGACCUUAAAAAACCUCCAUAUACCAUUACAGGUUCUAUUAGUGAAUCAGGUCUAGGAUGUUUAUCAUGGUGGAAUAGUUGACAUGUCAUCAUCUUCACAUUCACAGAAACAACAUAUUCACAGUUACCACUGAGGAAACACCAAUGGAGAUUUCGGUAGCUGUUUCGUAGAGAUAAUCUCAAGAACUGGUAAACCUUCGCAUUUUGUGGAGAUAUCAUUAAAUCUAUCUCAAGAACUGGUAUAUUUUCAUAUUUUGUGGAGAUAAUCUAUCUCAAGAACUGGUACACUUUUACACUUGUGGCAUUAAGCUCAAGAACUGGUAUACUUUCACACUUUGUGGAGAUAAUCUCAAGAACUGGUACACUUUCACAUUGGUUGUGUACUGAGGUUCUGUGAAAAAAGAAGAUAAUUAGACUAAUAAACACAAACAGGUUACACAUUCAUCGUGAACGUUUUAGCUAGUCAGCUUUUGGUUAGUCAGUCAGAACUGGCAAGCGAGUUCGAAAUGAAAGCUGAGAUGCUCUAUAAAGAAAGAUGUAGAUGCACUGGUAACCGCUUAUUCAGAUAGUUCUUCAAAAGGAAGACAAAUGAUCUUCUAUAUACAGACUAGGUGUGGUAAUACAGAUACUAAUCUUGAAAGACUUGACAGACCUUUACUAUUUACUUUAACAAUCAAGUCUCUUGAAUUUUCUAUUUGUGUAAACUACAAAAUACUUUUGACAUUUUAACUUUCUGCCCUGUAUAUAUAAAUUAUAUCAAUAAUAAAAGUAAGAAAUGACAAAUCUAUGCCUGACAGAAUGACAGGCACCAUACCAUUUGUGCCUGAUAUAUCUUUAACACAUGCCUUAUUUCCAGACUUGACUGUAAAGACUGAAUGAACCUGUACUUUUUUUUUUACUUUUGUUGUCAAGUUUCUUUAAAUGUACAUUAUGCAAGAGCUAAAUUUGUCCAUUGCAGGUCUUUCUUUAGGCCUUAAUCAUAUACAGCCGUUGAAUCGCAGAUCAGAUUCAAAUCUGUUUAAAAUG